CCUCUCUCUCUCUCUCUCUUUCUCUUCAUCUCAUGAACUUCAAUAUAUUCAAAACCAAACAAAAAACACCACACGACCUUGUUAAACAUGUUAAGGAUGCUAUCCAUAAACUAGACGGGCCUGAUAAACGCAAAGCAACAGAAGAAAUUUCAAAAUAUUUGGUUUUAAUGAAAAACAUAUUGUAUGGAGAGGAAGGUGCGUAUUGAGCACAUAUAUAGUUGUAUAAAUAGCUCGAUUCUCUUGUUUGUAGACCACGAGCCUAGUCCUGACCUUGUGGCGCAACUGGCACAAGAAGUAUAUAGAACAGACCUAUUACAAUUACUCGUGUUGAAUAUUCAAAAGUUCGAAUUUGAGGCAAAGAAAGAUGUAGCACAGAUAUUCAACAAUCUCUUGAGGAGACAAAUUGGCUCACGCUGGCCAACCGUAGAACAUUUAUGUGCUCGUGAAGACAUUCUUUUCAAUUUGCUAAACGGCUAUGAGCAACCUGAGGUUGCCUUGAAUUGCGGUUUGAUUUUACGUGAAUGUAUCCGUCAUGAAGCUUUGGCCAAAAUUAUUUUGUAUUCCCCCAAGUUUUACCAGUUCUUUGAUUAUGUGGAAAUGAGUACAUUUGAUAUUGCUUCCGACGCUUUUGCUUCAUUUAAGGAAAUUCUUACAAAACACAAGCCCAUGGUAGCUGACUUUUUGGAAUUAAAUUAUGACGAGUUUUUCGAUCAUUACAAGCGAUUAUUACAGUCAGAGAAUUAUGUUACCAAGAGACAAUCUUUAAAGCUACUGGGCGAAAUUUUGCUGGACAGAUCCAACUUUACUGUGAUGACUCGUUACAUUAGUAGUGCAGAAAACUUGAAACUGAUGAUGAAUUUGCUUCGGGAUAAAAGCAGAAAUAUCCAGUUUGAAGCAUUCCAUGUCUUCAAGGUCUUUGUUGCCAAUCCACAUAAAACUCGACCUAUUGUUGACAUAUUAGUGAAAAAUCAAGAAAAACUUAUUCACUUUCUCGGCAACUUCCACAAUGAUAGACAAGAUGAUGAACAAUUCAAUGAUGAAAAGGCUUUUCUCAUCAAGCAAAUUCAAGAAUUACAGCCUUUGCAGGAUUAAAAUUAAAUAAAGCCUUUG